CAUCACCCACAUCACCCAUCACCCACAUCCAUCCUCUCACUACCCGCUCUAACCUCUUUCCCUCUUAUCGUACACCCCCAACCCACAUUCACUCCCGCCCAUUCACUUCUCCCACUUAUCGAUUAUCGCUAUCAGUCACUCACUCACUCCAGAUAAAACCAACAGAACUUUUGAUUCAUCAUUCGCGCAUUCAUAUAUCCAAAAGAAUAAGAGUCGCAUGCUUAUAUGAAUUGCACUCAUAAAUUCCACACGUUGACGCGACGGUAAACAAUUACUCUAAGCCAGACCUGCGUUUGGAUGGUCAUGUCCAUAUUUACUAUUCAAAAUCAACUUCAUUUCACGCUGAUCAACCUCACUAUCGCACCUAGUACAUUCUUAGUCGUCAUAAUCAUAUCGUUCGGAUAUCUCUACUGUAUACAAAUCGGUUCAUUUCCUAUACCAACUUGGAGCGCAUCAACCACCGCAGUAGGGAACAACAAUAGGAAUCAUGGGUACAACGCUAGAGGAGCUAGAAGGAAUGUUCGACGACCACCCCUCUUUAAACGCAUCUCUGCAGGACUUCGAGCAAGGAAGCAUAGAGAUAGAUCCCAACCCACCUCGCCGCUUUGGUUAUCCUUCCCAGCAUUCGGGCUUCCGCAGCGACACGGACUCGGAGGACGACCUAAGAGACUCGGUAUCCAGAGGUGGUUACAGUCCGCCAGCAUGGAGACGAGAGGAAAACGGCAACAGAACCAGCGGCUUUUGGAAUCGGCAUAAUAAUAUACUGGGAAAGAGGCACAGGGAACUUUCGAGAGAGAGUAGUCCAGAAUAUGAGAGUGCUGAUGAGGGUGCUGCAUCGGAUCCGACUCUUGCCGCCGCGGUAAGGACGAGGCUACCAACUGGUUCGAUAUCGCCCGAGAAGAAGAGAAGUCCGUCGCCUGAUCGAUAUACUUCGGGAAAUGGUGAUUUUGGAAAGACAUUUGGCGCAGUGAUUAAACAAGAGAAUGACCACGAAGGUACACUAGUACCUUCGAUGGAGAACUCGAACAACUGUAUGAAACUUGGUGUAAAUGUAUUGGUUCACAGGCUAAAUCGAUCAAUAGUUAUUCGAUUCGCAUUCAAGACGGAAUUACAACAUCGUACAGAACCUUUUGAAGUUGCAUUUUCAUCCCUGAGUCAAAAGUUUGAAAAGAUAAUGAGUUCAUGGGCCUCAAUGUGCAGCGCCCUUGUGGUAGCCAUCAUUUCUAUUUUAACACUACGAACACUAUUUCAACCUUCACAAUUACCACCAGUUCCAGAUCUUAUCAAGGUCGCGGGACUCGCAAGAGCCUUUGAACCUCUAAUAUUCUAUUCCGAAAAUGGAAUUCAGCAAAUCGGUGAUAUACAACAAACUGGUAUUGCGGUCUGGGAUCUUUGUGAGAGUGUACGUUCAACAAAUAUGACUUCUGCGCCGGUUAUUGUUGCGGAACUUGAUGAACUGAGUGAAACUCUCAAAACUUUGUCUCUUGAGUUAACUAGAUUCUUUGCUAAUGUGGAUGGAGACGUGGAUGGGUAAUAUUUUCUACUUCUGUGUUUUGAAAUCAUCUGACAUAUCUAGUAUUUUGAUCGUUAUGGAUUGGGCGAAGCGAGAACUUGCUCAACUAAAUCAUCUUCCACCUUCUCCUCUUAAUUCAGCUUUUGAUAAUAUACACACGUUACUAAGUCGAGUAGGGGUUUUUGAGACUCCAACUGGUACGCCCACCAAAAUAGGGGUUGUCGCAACAAACAUAUUUGGCAUGUCAUCGCCUCAAAGGACACGUCAAACCCUUCAAAGAACAUUCAAUGAAUUUCUUUCGGUUCUCGAGGAUGCUAUUAGUUCCGAGCUCAAUCAUGCUCUUCAUCUCUUUGCUAUCUUUGAGAAGAUCGAUCAUCAAUUUAAAGCACUAUCUCGCAGUGCUUCCCGUGAACUUGAUACACAAGAAAUGGACGAAGAUAAACUUCUCUCUUCACUUUGGACCAAGCUUCUCGGUCCUUCUUCUAGUACUCUCCAUAAAUUCGAAAAGAAUAAAAAGCUCCUCGCCAAUAUACGCUCCAAGACUAUUCAAAACAAAUCCGUUCUUCUCGAUCAUAACGGCAAAUUGUUAACUUUGCGAGCAAACCUAGACUACCUAAGAAAGAAACUAGUCAGUCCUCUCGUGAGGACAAACAGUAGUACGAUUCGAGUUGAAGAGCAAAUCCAAGGUCUAGAGGAAGCGAGUGGACACCUAGGAAGGGUUAGGGAAACGCAAAAGGGGAAGUUGAUGGAGAUGCUAUAUGGAGCUGGAAGUGGUAAUGCGAGAAGAUUUGCCGGAGUUGGAAUUGAGGGGAGAUGAGAAUAAUUUUGUUUGAUUUCCUUUCCUUUCCUCUUUUCUACUUCUCAUCAUCGCUCAGGAGUAUAAAUGAAUGGUUGGAAACGAUUCUAUCGGUGAAGGAGGAACUUACUACUUGCGUUGCUUGCUUGCUACUAGGAAGGUGUUUUUGGUGCAGUAACUGGAAGGUAGAUAAAGGAAAGGGAUGCAUGGACCUAUAUCAUUGGAUAGGAUUGGAUUGGUGGCGCUGUCUUCAUCGAUUUGUAUUCCUUUUCAUGGUGCGGUUUUGCAUGGAGGACUUAGGUGUUGGGGUGUCCUUUUUGGAGGAAAUUUGAUUCAUAAGGCGUGGCGUUUGUGGGGAUGGGAUUCAAUGAUUCGGUCAUUCAGUGAUGGUU